CAACAUUGCUAUUUGGCGUCCAUCUUUAAUCUUUUGAUGUGUUGUGAUAUUUUAACAAAAUUGUAAUAAAAUUGUUGUUAUUACUUCUACAAUUUAUUUAAUACAUAAAUUCUAUUCAAAAGUCUUAUCUGAGUACUAUAACAUAAAAUAAUUACUUGCAGAUGAAGUGUGCAAAUGGAUAGGCUGAACCACUUGCGGGGAGAAGCGGGGGGCUCGCGGGACUCCACGCUCGACACCACGUCCCCCCCGAGCGAGUCUUUCAUGACCGCCAACGAGAGCUCCUCCAAAUACUUUUCUCUGUCAGAAGUGGACUCUGUUGACUCAACUUUCGACAUUUCUUCUAUAAAAGAUGUUUCACUGUCUAGUACCGCCACUGAUACCGAAGGGACCAUAACAAAUGCCGACGAGCUGAUAUCAAAUCUAUCACCAAUUGGAAAGAAAAGUGAUAUGCUAGAUACCUACAAAAUUGGUAAACAGAUUGAAGCAGCUAACAUUUUGUCAGGCGGUGUGGAUAUAUUUGAUGAUAAUGACAAUUCUUAUGAUGGAGAUGAGCUGGUGAUUGAUGACAAUGUUGAUGUUGAUGACAAGUCAAGUUCAGAAAUGAAGCAGCCAGAGGAAAUGCAAUUUAAGUCUGAUGAGAAUAUGAUUGAAUCUACUUUGAUAAAUGAGGAGAUGGACAUAGCUAGUAAAGAUACUGAAGUGGUGCUACAAAUUGAUGGUAAAAACGUAGAUGCUAUAGAUAUUGGUAAUGGAUUGUACUUGUAUAGGAAGGAAGGGCAGGAGGAGCUGGCUGCAGUCCAGAUAAUUGAUGAUGAUCAACAGCAAACCAGCUUCAAGUUCCUGAAAGUGCGUGAAAAUGCUGAGGGUAAUUUAGAAGUUUAUGAAGAAAUAGAAAUAGAAGUACCUAAAGAAGUGCCUGCAAAAGAAGGGAAGAUGCCUGAAAAGAAGACAUCAUCACAUGUGCCUAUAACAGAUAUCAAUAAAGUUAUUAGUGAGUCUGGGUGCAACAAAGUUGCUGAAAGAAAAACUAAAGUGCCCAGAAAAGAACCAAUUUUAACAAGAACAGAGGUUGAUGUUGAUGGUAAUAAAGAAUCAUCAUCUGAUGCUAAAACUGAACUGAAUAUAAAUGGUAAAAUGAUGAAAUUCAGUGAAUCAAGAAAAUCACCUGUUAUAGGUAGUUAUACACCCAUGACAUACCAUUCCACACCAAAUAAAGAACGCAUACCAUUGACUAAGACAAUGGUAGACCAACAGCUGCACCCUAACAGGCAUUCAGAUAAUGUAAAGAAAACAAUAGAAGUUCAUACUGACAGUAGCAAGCAAAGGACUGCUGAAACACCAAUUAAAAAUAAAGAUGUCAGUGAUGACAAUACAAAUGUUGAUGUCAGUGGUGACAGCAAAAGUCUUGAAGUAAAUGAUGAUGGAAAAAAUGUUGAUGUCGAUGAUGGCUGCAAAAAUAUUGAUGUCGAUGAUGGCUGCAAAAAUGUUGAUGUCAAUGAUGACUGCAAAAAUGUUGAUGUCAAUGAUGACUGCAAAAAUGUUGAUGUCAAUGAUGGCUGCAAAAAUGUUGAUGUCAAGGAUGACUGCAAAAUUGUUGAUGUCAAUGAUGAAUGCAAAAUUGUUGAUGUCAAUGAUGAAUGCAAAAUUGUUGAUGUUAAUAAUGAUAAAAAAAACAUUGAAGAAAUAAGUGAAAAAGAACUGGUAAUAGAUGAAUCAGUUGAAAAAGUAGAUAUGUCUAAAGAGGCAGAUAAGAAUAGUACAGUAGUAAAGAACUUAGACAGUGAUAAUGCUAAAGUUUCGGUGCCAAGUACUAAUGAAGUAUUGAAUGAAAAAUGUGAUGAUAUCAUACAACUUCCAGCUGACCAAGAGAAUGUUGUUGAUUCAACGGAUAAAGAUAUGACUUGUGAUAAAGCAAUAAUUAAGGAAAAAGUUGAAGACGUAAAAGUAUGUGAAGAGCACAAAGAAGAAAAAAGUAGUGACAAAAAUUUAAAUGUUAUAGAGAAAACUGAUGUUGUUAUUGUAGAAGAAGUUGUUGACAGUGCAGGUAAUAAAGUAGAAGAAAAGAUAGAAGGGCCUGUUCCAAUUGAUCAAGUUGAAAUAGGAAAAAAAGAAAAUGUGAAAGUAACAAGUCAAGUUGAAGCAAAACAAUCUGAGUCUGUUCCGAUAUCUGAAGAUGAGGGUAUAAAAAAUAUUGAUGUUACUAAUAAAGAAGUUAAAGUAACAGUUAUAGACAAUACUCAAUGUGAUAAUCAAGAUAAGACCAAAAUUGAAGAAAUUAUUUAUGAUGUAACAACAGAUCAAGAUAAUGAUGAUAUUAUAAUUAUUGACGAUAUUGAAAUCGACGAUUCUAAGAUGGAAGAUAAGACUUCUGACGUGAAACUUGAAGCCCAUAAACAAAGUAAUCUAGAGUCAGGUAUUUCAAAGCAAAAUGAAGCUAUUACAAAAAUAAAUGAAUGUCCUGGAGACAAAAAUAAAAAAGAGUCUAGUGUAACUUUUAAGGCCAAUCUUGAAAACCACGAGGAACCAACUAAAAGUGAGUUAUCAAUGUCAAACGAGAUUACAAAAAUUAGUCAAUCUAAAAUUCCAAUACCAACAACAAAAACGGAAUCAGUAACAAAAGAACCAAUUGAAAGUGAGAAUUUGCAGACUAAAGAUCUUUCUAUACCUAUUAAUCUAAAUGAAGAAAAAGUUGAAUUAAAUGUCGAAAAUUUUAAAGAAGCAGGUCUAACAGAAAAGAAUGCUAAGGAAGUAGUCAAACAUAUUCCAGUGGCUGAAGUACCAACACAGCCUUACAGUAAAAUAGAAAAACCUCAAAAACUAGAAACAAAAGUGGAUAAAAGUCAAGAUAAGCUGAUCUACGUACCUGAAGCAUUAACAAGUAAAACCACAGCUCCUAUUUCGUCUACAACUUCUAAAACAGAAGUUAUGCCUCAAAAGGAAAAUAAUGUACUUGAAAAAUCUCCCAAAAAGUUAUCUAAGCCAGUACCAUUUGCUGAAUCUCAAUCUAGCAUAAUGCGUUUAAAAAUUGACAGUACGACCAAUAUAAAAGCAGACGCUUCUGAGAAAUCUGUGGACAAAAGUAACAAAGUGCCUAGUAGGGAAGUAAAGGAACAAAAACCUGUGUCAUCUCAAAAUCUGUCUGUAGUUAAUCCACAAAUCAACACUAAAGACGCUGAUAUUAAAAUAGCCCCCAAAGAAUCUAUACCUGUCAAACAGAAAAAAGAUGAAGUUGUAAAAAGCAGUUCAGUUCCAAAAGAAGAACAACCAAGCUGUUCAGGCGUUCAAGAUGUCACCAGCACAUCAACAGACAGUCUUCCUUCACAAAGUAGUGACAACAAACAUGAAACUGGAGAUGCUAGGGAUGAUUCUAAUACGGACGAAUCGGGAGGUAGUAAAGAAGCAGUACCUUUCGGAAAAUGGACAGCAACAAACAGAAAAGAGUUCUUGAUUAAAAUUAAAACUAGAACUACUGUAGCUCCUGCUGUACCAUCUACAAGUAGUAAUCAGCUUAAAAAUACGAAUGACCUCAACAGGCGAGACGUUCUCCAAAAAAUUGAUAGUCAAAGGCAACAGUCGAACAAUGCAGCAGCUCUAGCGAAAAAUCAAGAAGCCAAUAAAAAUGUAAACAAAAACGAGACAGCAUUUGUCAGCAAAACCAACUUAAUUCAAAAGAAGGACAACAUACAAGAAGUUAAGGUUCUGGCAAAACCCGAAAUCGUGAAAGAGACGUCUGAAGCUGUUGCUGAAAAAGCUCCUGUUAAGGAAGAUGUUCCAAAUAACAUUCAAAACGAAGCCACUCAAGUCGCAAGUGUGACUAGCGUUAAGAAAGACAGUGCUCAACGAACAGAAGUAAAUUACCAAGACUUAAUUGAUAAAACUAUUGAAGAUAUGAUACACAGAACAGUAGCUCCUACAAAACCUCAAGAUGAGCCAAGUCAAACUGCUGCGAAAGAGUCCAAUAUUUCUCAAAGUGGUAAGUUCCCACCAAAUUAUAAACCAACUGACCAAGCUACUCUGGACGAAAUAGAAAUGAAAAUGAAUGAAUUACAUGGUAUACCAUUUAUCGAAAGACCUCCACAUGAAUUACCAGUGGUUCCUGUAGCAGAACCUGUACCCAAAACAUAUUCUAAAAUUGAUAAGCAAAAGUCAAACAUUCAUAAUAAAACUUCAAAAAUACCAAAUCUCUUACCAUUUUCAAAUAAAAAUCCGACAAAAAUGAUUAAGGAUAAUGUAAUCGAAGUAGACUCUGAAGACGAAGUAAUAGAGCAUGAACCCAUUACAGGUGAUAUUGCUGUAACUAAGAAAACUGUAAGCGCUAAAUUACCUCCUAAAGAAAAAGCAAAGUCUUAUGCUAAUACAGAUAAAUCCAAACAAGAUGCUGGCAAAAAGGAACCUAUAAUCACAGAAAAAGAUUUUGACAAGUUCGCGAGACGUAAUUCUAAAACUUAUGAAAAUUGCCUCACCAUGAACUUAGAUAGUAAAGAUUCUCGUAAUGUUAUCCAAACAGUGGUAGAGAAAGAUCUGUAUCCAAAGAGUUAUUCUAAAAAUGAUAUCGCACGAGUUGAUCCGAAAGCCAAAGCACCAUACAAGUACCAGAACGUGCGUCCUAAUAUACAACCAGCUAAAGUACACGGACCUAGAGUGGGUACUACUGCUAAUGAAGAUUCUUCUAACAGGAAUCAAUCUAAAUUACAAAAAGCAUAUCAUUCUGCUUUGUCAGCCAAACGUCAAUUAGAGGGUCCUAUUACUAUUAUUGAAGACAAACCAGUAAAAGUAGUAUUCAUGGAUAACAUGGAAUUCGUUCCCAGCUCACUUAAUCUUCAGGGACAACACCUUUCUCCCACUAAGAAAUUAGUUACUGAUUCCGAUAAUUUCACUGUUAGCACUCUUGACUCUUUAGAAUCGGAAACAUUAGAUACAACUGAAGAUUCUAAGGCACAAGAAGAAAUUAAAACAAAGUCCAAACAUCAAAGAAAACAAGUUCUAACUCCUGUCGAUGAACCCGAAUUAGAAUUGAUUGAACCAAAAGAUUUGGGUCUUGAAGCAUCACCUAAGAAGAAAAGAAAAACUGAAGAAGAGAAAUCAGAUAAAACAAUAAAAUAUCCGAUGCGAAAGAAGUAUUACCUUAUUGGCUCUAACACAGUAGCUGAUGAAAAAUAUACACCAGCAACAGAUGUAAUUAAAAACCCUCUCAAAGAGACUGUAAAUCUAAACGACAAUGGCGUCUCACAUAAGAAUGCAGUUUCAGCUAUAGAUAAUUUAGUGAAAGCUGCUGAGCUACUAGAACACCAAUCAGAGAACAGAAACAUUGUUGAUUCUCCGAAUAAUGACAGUCAGCAGAGUACCCCUGUGAAAAGAGGAAGGGGCCGUCCGAGGAAGUACCCACUUCCGGAAGGAGGUGUCGAAAAGACUAAAGUGCCAAGCCCACAAAAGAAACCUCGAUUAAUAGAUGCCAAAGUUCCUAAACGUGAUCCCGUGACAACAACUGAUGACGAUGAUGACGACAGUGAUGAUGCCAUCAUCAAAGAAAAUUGGACAAUGGGAAAAAUCAAUGAAAACAUAGUUUGCCCAAUAUGUAAUAAGUUAUUUAGAACUGAGAACGUAGUUUUUAAACAUGUCAAACAUUGUACCGGUCCUUCACCGAGUCGAUCUGGCUCAGACAAAAGAAGCCCCAGGAGGAUGAGACCAUCACAGGAAUCUGAUUCAAAGUCACAAAGUAGCAAAUCGGAUGAUAUGGAUCUCGACGAUGAUAAACCUCUUGUUGUUAGAAAGGAAACUCCUAAGAAACGUAAAUCCAAGGAUUCUAUUGCUAAAUUCGAUGAUAAAGACGAAGUUAUCGUUAUUGAAGAUACGCCACCAAUUAAAGAGAAGCCUGAAAGAAAAGAAAAGGAAAUUGACGACAGAAAAAUACACGAAUCUAGAAAACCUAGAGCAAAACUAUUCAAUAAAGGUAAUGAUCUGGUUUGCGAGUUCUGUGGUAAAACAUUCAGGCAGUUAUCUUACUUGGUGAGUCAUAAAUUACAACAUAAGAAAGAGGAGCCGAAGAAAGUAGAGAAGGAAGCUCCUACCGCGAUCAAAUCAGUGUACAGCUGUGAAGUCUGCAAGAAAGAUUUCAGAAAGUUACAUCAUUUAGUUCAGCAUCGGAUUAUUCACAACCCUAGCUCAGCACCUACAAGAACUCAGAGAAAGAGUUCUUCGGAGCAAUCUGACACCAAGAUUGAAAAAGAACCAAAUAGUUCUAAACACAGCGAAGAUGCAAGCGCUGGUUUCCGCUGCGAACCUUGCGACAAAUCAUUUAGAAAGUUACAUCAUUUAGUGGAACAUAGGGAAACCCACGAUGGUAUUAAUAGGCAGAAAACUACGCCAGCUGUGGUACAUAAUAAUGUUGAGAAGCCUGUGACUUUACACCAAUGCGAAGUUUGUAAGAAAACUUUCAGAAAACUUCAUCACUUGAUUGAACACAAGGAACAACAUGUUGAAACUAGUUCAGAAAAGUCAGACGAUAAGAGCGUUAAGAGUUCUUUGUCAACCAAAGAUAUAAUACAUGAGUGUUCUCUUUGCUACAUGGUAUUUCCUAACGAGCAUUCCCUAAACAAACACACAAUUAUCUGUCUAAGAAAAAAGAGACAAUCAAAACAAGCCAAACCGGUCGAAGGCUCAGAAGCAGGAGAAUCUGUUGAAGACUCAAAUGAGUCUGCUAAAGCAGAAGAAAAGAGUGACAAUGUUGAAACUCCGAAAGUAGUCGAAGUAGAAGUAAAAGAAGAUUUGCACAAAAAUGAAGUUGAAAAGAUCGAAGUCCCUGUAGAGAAGCCUAAACCAAUUGAAGAAAAACCUGCAGAAGUUGUUAAAGAGGUACACAGAGAAAUUGAGACUGUUCCACAGAAAAUUGAAACCAAACCCGUUGAACCACAACUUUCUGCUCCUACAAAGAGAGAGUUUUCAGAGACAGAAAAUGUUAAAACAGAAGUUAAACCCGAAGUUCCGGAAAAAAUCAAAAAGGUUGAAGUUUCAGAAACUAAAGAUCACGAAACACCUAAAAAGAAAGUUUCUCCGAAAGAAAAAUCUGCGCCAAGCAUAAACAAGCGUCUCAAAACUACAUCGCCGGCACAAGUUUCCAGUUCUCAAGACAAUAAACCAGCAGUAGAAUCGAGUGACGAUGAUGAGGUUAGAUAUAUGCUGAAUCCAAACUUCCAAGUCGAAGACGUAACGGAAGAAAAAGUCUUCAUGAAAGUUCGGGCAAAUAAGCGGAGUUCUCUCCAAAUAGAACGGCCAAAUUCCAAAGAUUUAGUUAAGAGGAGAACAUCUUUACAACACCCGCCCAAAAUUCCGCGCUUGAAACCGAAACCCGUGGAACCAGCAUCUGUAAAAAUUAUAGCCAAAACGCCUAAAGUAGAACCAUUACCUUCGACUGACUCUGAUGAUAGUGAAACUGUGAAAUACUCUUUCCCAAAAACCAUUCCUGAAAAAUCAACGAAACCCGCACAAGACCGCACACCUCAAAAGAAAACCUUAGCUGAUAAGCGAAAGUCUUUGAGUGGGAUUGCAAAGAGAAAAUCCUUGGGGAAAGCUGUCAUAGCCAGGCACAAACCAAUGCCCGUGAAACAGAUCAAGAGAAGAACAUUGGAAGUGGAGCACAGAUGUGACUGUGGCCAGUUGUUUAGUAGCGCGGCUCUGUUGUCGCGGCACACGACUCUGGCGCACACUCCGCCGCGAAUACGUCGCCGGCGGUCACCGCCGCCCGAGGUUAAACCUGUCAUCAAACCAGCGCCCCGUAAAUCUAGCGUUGCCGACAAACCUAAACAAGCUCCGGCUUCAAGAAAGUCAAGCACGCGGAGCGACAGUAGUACCUCUACCAAUGCAAAAUUGAACAAACAGGAAGCAAAACAAACAAGAAAAUCUCUUGACAAAGAUACAAAAACUCCGGCAGAAGCGAAGAAACCUAAACCUGAAAAGUCUGAAGCGAAGAGCAGCGUAAAGCCAAGGAGGACGGGCGCUCACCGGGGCGUGCCCGUGCCAGAGAAAAUGAGGAAACUUAUGCAAAAGAAUAAUAAGUAGAUAUUGUAUUAAAUAGAUUGGUUCGCGUUACGAAGUUGGACUGAAUAAUAUGUUCCCUGUAUUUCGGGAUGUUAUUAGUAAGGGGACCGCUAGUAUGUUUAGAUAAUAUCACGCAUCACAAGGCUCACAAUCGUAACAAACGGACCAUUGUUAAAUAAAAAUAUUUUUACACAUUUGAUGGAAAUGGUACAUCAACAAACAAUAUUUUAUCGUGAGUCAGUUAGAUAGGCGUUGAUCUUGUCUAUAUGUAAAUGAGAACUUAAAUAAGUAUAUUUUGUCAAUUUGUUCUAGAGUUUAGAUAUUAUAUAUGUAUAAGAGUAAAUAUUUAUGUUAUUAGAUCUAGGCAUAAUAAUUUCCGUUGGCAUUAUCAGCUAGCAUGCUGUACUUUUCAGUUAAACUGUAAAUGUUCACCAUUCAAUGAUUUAUCGAAUUGUUUUUGGAAUGGUAGUAAGCGUAACUACAUUGCGAGAAGGUGCAAAACUUGAGUUUUAAAAUGAUAUUAGAAUAACGGAGUUCUUAAUGAAGUUUAUAAAUAUCGGAUGUUUUAAAAUGAGCUUAUUAUUGAAAUUGUUCACACAAUUAUAUUGAUUUGAAUGGAUUUGUAAUAUACAAUGCUUAUAAUAAUGAAUAAUUGAGCUUCCCGAUCGCGGAGUUUGGGUUAAUUAGUGCUUCGUAGUAUUUUUUCAUCAUUAUUAUAAGGGACUAGAGGAAUUUUAAGUACCUACCAGAUUUUUCAUAUGUGAAAUAACUAAAAACAACAACACCUCAAUUUGGUAAUUUUGUAUGUUGUGACUAGAUCAGAGGUAUAGUACUCUAAUCUAGUCAUCUAUUUAUAAUAAAAAUAUAAAUGAAGUUAUGUAGUUCAAUACCAUAGGGUGCAUCGGUGGAGUCCAGGAUAAGGAUAUUCUGAAUAAUCCUGUUAAAAUUGUGAUUUACACUGGAUGAAUAUAUCCACAAAGUCUGGAUUCCCCACAUCGCUUUACCAAGUUGUUGAGAUAUUUGCAAAUGUUUUACCAUAUACAUUUAGUGUAGCUACAGUACAUUUUAUAUGGCACUCUUUGAUAAUGUUCGCCCGUUAAUGUUGGUACCAGAUAUUUAAAUGGUGUUGAUUCUCUUGUUCGGAUAUAAAAGUUUUUUACUCACCAUCUGUGGGACCGAAAUAAAAAUAAGGUAUGAUCUUCACAUUGAUUUUAAUUUUAGCAACAUAGCCUCUAGAGAGAUGCACAAAAGAAUCAGCGCCACAAGUAGUUUCAAUCGUUAUAAAAUAUACCGCAGUUAGUUUUCUGAUGUUGCUUGAUGAUUAGCCAGGGUCAAAGAUUUUAGUUGAAUUCAGACCAUGUGUCUUCUUAGUCAAUGGGUAUUCAUACAAUGAUACUCUCCAAAUUUAUAGUGAACUAGGACCAAAAUAUAUCAAUUUCUCUGUUUCUAAUGGUAAUAAUAUAUUAUGUUGUUUUUAAUUUUAAAUAAUGUUUAUUCUCCUCUCGUGACUAACAGUGUAAAAUGUAAUUAAUUGCUAAAAUAUAAAAGAGUAGUCCGUAUUGUGAGAUUUAUGUUUUAGAAGCAUUUAACAUAAAAUUUUAUAUAUGUAGAUGAUAUCAUUAUUUUUAAUAUGAUGAUGCAAUUUUGAUUAAUGGGUUAUAAAUAAAUUGUCUAAAAAUUAUUAUAAUGUUUAUUUUAUUCAGACAAAUUAUGAAUAUACAUUAGUUUUAUAUUAAAUACAGUUAUAGUAAGAUUUAUCCUCUUUCACAAAUAAUAUCUACAAUACUAGGUUCCAUAAGUUGUGGGUCGACGCAUCUCAGCUGCGCAGAAGCAAGCGCAUCUUCGAGCAAAGCAUUGAGUAAUCUUUCAUCAUUCCCCAUACAAGACAACCUCUGUUGUAGGAAAUGCACAUCCACCUGCAACUGUUGCAAGCCGUGCUUGCCGAACGUGCGCAGCCUCACACACUCAACUAACGCCUUUAAGGCUACUUUCAGAGCUCCAUUAGAUAAUGCCGCCCUGUCAGCUCCAGCUGGACUGAAAACUUCAAUUCUCUCGGAAAAUAUUCUGUUAAGUGGUGAGAAUGAAGAUGGGGCGCGCGACCAGAUAGUUCGUCGACUAGAAUCACUGGAAGGUUUAAUACUCGUCGGGAAUAGUUGCGAGGCUGCACUGUCUGCACUAGCUAGCGUUUCAACUACUCUGCGGCAAACAGCACGAGGCCCACGCGGUUCAGGUGCUCUCAACCAAUCCCUAGCCAGCACUGACACUCUUAACAUCUGUGCUGCUGUCUGCCCAAUAAAGACCACCUCACAAUCCAAGGCAGCUUGUGCAGCUGUAGAAAGGUGUACCAUAACACUAUUUGUGUCCUUACUUGGUAUUGUUAGCCCUGGGGCAGAUUCUUCUAAAAGCUUUAGCAAGUGAUUAUGUAAUGUUGAGACACCACUUACUUGCAUUUCUAAGCAUAAUUUAGCUAAGAUUAAUAGUAACUCAAAGGGAAUAUUGUUAUUUGAUGUUUGUACGCUAGCCAUCUUUUUGACCAUAUCAGACAAAUUAAUCAUAGUCUCAGAAAUUACUUUCCAGCAUGUGUCAGCUACAGCUGUCGCACACCAUGGUUUGAGACCAAAUGAGAGAUUAUUUUGUAAGAAGGCCAUGAGAUCCAAUAAUGAUGCUUGGACUUUUUGCAUCAAGUAUACUUGGAGAGAAUUCAAUAUAUCCUUUAGGUCAGUGGUAUCUGUACCUUUACUUGCUAAUGACUGUCUUACUUUAGUCAGGCUAUCUUUAAAUUGAGAUUGAAUUGAUUGAUACUGUAUUGUAGCCUUAUGAUUGAUGCACUGUAUUACUACAUCAAUUGCUUUAUUAGACAUGGUGUCACUAGAAAUGAUCUCUGUCAUUGCCUGUAACUUCCUGAAGAAUUUGUCCAACCCUCUGAUCAAAAUUUCAGUUCCUAUAUUUUCUGGUUUCUUGACAACUUCUUCAAAAAGGUGAAAUACUUGCAACAUGAUUUUGUCUGCAAAAUCUGGAAUGUUAGUACUCUCUUUAUCUUGAAACAUAUCAUGGUAACAAGAUAUAAUAAUUCCAAGGUCAGCUAACAGAGUGUUAUUGCAUUUUUCAACCCACUCUAAGAUAUCAGUAGUUUCAACCAUCCCACUUAAUGCUUGUAAGUGUUGGUCAAGUCUACUUUCAGAACAGCUUAGGAAAAUAUCUUGCAGAGAAGAGUCUGUUUCUUGGAGUUGUCUUAAUAAGCCAACACUUUCAGCCAGUUCAGAGGCUGAGGUGUCAGGGCUUAGCAGUCUUUCUCGUAAGGUCUUCUUUAGAGCAUAAAUAAUUUCAGAACACUCAGUCUGAAUGCUUUGGAAUGAAGGCUGGUUGCCAUACUUUUGUAAUACUCUUUGAGCAUGAGUAUAAUCGUGAACAGCAUCGGCAUACCUGCCGUCUUCGAUAGCUUUGUUCAGUUGGGAAGGCAACAAGAAUAAGAACUGAAGCUUAUCCAGUAAUUGUCUUGUCCCACACAACCUGCUGACAUUAUUACCACUUUCUCUCAACGAAUCAGAAAUCUGGGCACUAAAUGUAGUUAUUUUGUUCAUAUUUUCACUGAGCUUGUUCAUUUCUUCUUGCAUUAUUUUAAAAUCUGUUCUCAUUUUUCGAACAGUUUCUGUAGCAGAGAUAAACUUAUUAUAGUUUUCGUAUACUAACGUUUGCAUUUCUGACUGUAGAAACUGGCUCUGGGUGACUAUUUCAGCCUCUUUGUCCAUCACUUGCUUAAGUGUAGCACAUUUGAGGAGGACAUCUAAAUACAUGUCUGGAUUGAAGUUGCUUCCGUCUAUAUCCAACGGGUUUUCCUCUUUCUCCUUUGCUGCGUCUGCCAUUUUUGUGAAACUAUAGUAAUAGGUAUACCUAAUAAUAAUGCAAACAGAAUAUAUAACUCAAUUAAUCUAGGUAUUCGUUU